UGAUCGGUGACAGUGACAGCUGGAAAAAGGCGAUUAGCAAAGGCAAUGUGUGGUGUUGUUGUAAUAUUAACAAUUUACGAUUGUUUCGACAAUUAUUAGAUAAACCAUGACGAUAUUUCACGACGAAAUAGAAAUCGAAGACUUUGAGUAUGACGAGGACGAUGAUAUGUAUUAUUAUCCUUGUCCAUGUGGAGACAGAUUCCAAAUCAGUAAGGAGGAAUUAAUGGCGGGAGAAGAAGUAGCAACAUGUCCCAGCUGUUCUCUUGUUGUCAAAGUUAUAUACGAUUUGGAGAAAUUCAAAGCAGAGGGAGAGGAACUACUCAAAGCCGAUGGAGACAAGGAAGCAGUGAAGGCUUAACCUGAUUGAAUAGCCAUAUUGUGUUGAGAAUGAAAUUCUACACUGUCCCUAAGUUUGAGGCUUCAAGAAGCACUUCUUGAUGGAGAGUGGUUCAGUGAUUUUAUGUGAUACUCUUAAUAAAAAAUAUUUUAAAUAAAUUUGCUUUAAAGAAUGAA